CUACAUUGUCUACGUACCAGCUGAGAGCUCUGUGCCUUUCUCUCCAACAUCUCCCCAGUAUGGCGGCAGGCGAACAGCCUUCCCAGCGCUACUGCCUGAUCACUGUCGGAGCCACUGUCGGAUUCGAACAGCUGACCAAAACAGCGCUCGAGCCGUUAUUCUGGCAGUUCCUCCAGGACAGGGGCUUCAGCAACCUCCGUAUCCAAUGCGGACCCGACGUGCCCUGGGCAAGCGCCAAAUUGGCACAAAUCGAGCACGAGGUCCCACCCGGUUUCUCGGUUGAUGUGUUUGACGUGAGAAGGAAUUUGAUGCUCGAGGAAAUGGUCCUUUGCAAGCCCACCGCGGGGCAACGCGGGCAGGGCCUUAUCGUCUCCCAUGCAGGUACCGGCACUAUACUCGAUGCCUGGAAGGUGGGCGUUCCCCUCAUCGUCGUCCCCAACACCGGCUUGCUCGACGACCAUCAGACGGAGUUGGCCAAACAUCUCGCCCGCGAGGGCUACGCAACAAUGGCUAAGCCCAGCCGCCUUGACCUUCAAGAUGCUAUCCAUAAGGCAGAGCUUCUUGUUGAGGAGAACAAGACGCGCUGGCCGCCACAUUCAGUAAGCAAUCAGCAGCGCGGUGCGGCUCGAUUGUGGGAUAUCAAGCCCGUCGAGGUCAAAGCAGAGGAGGUUUCUCAGAUGACACACGAUUAGGCGUUGGGGGUCAGGGGUGCUCCACGGCAGCGCCAUGAGGUUCAGGUAAGAUGAUGGCGUUGAUGGACUCGAUCUUGUAUCUACUCGUCCCACUAUUUCGCGAGAUACCCACUACCUGGUUCGGCGAGUACCUCGCAUGUCGUCGUUGCCUCUACGGUAGAUUUGCAACCUUCCAAAUUUUGACAGUCGCGUCUCCGCCGGCG